AUGGCCGACAAGCUCCGCACAAUUCAGAACCUGGAGGCUCUCCAGUCUCGCUACAUUGGUACCGGACACGCCGAUACAACCAAGUACGAGUGGACCUCCAACAUCCUACGCGACAGCUACUCCUCCUACGUCGGCCACCCCCCACUGCUCUCCUACAUGGCUGUUGGUAUGGGCGAGCCCAAGGAGAUGGUGCGUACCGCGAUGUUGGAGAAAAUGGUGCGAGGCGCCGGAAAUCCACCUGAGACUCAAGAGUAG